AUGUUGAAUGCUCAAAACCACCAAAAUCCUCGACCAGUACCUCGAAAAAAUCCAUCUAAUCAACAAAUGUUGAAUAAUCAAAACCAAGCAACACCAGGACAAUUACCUUUAAAUUAUCAAAUGCAACAAGAGAUGUUGAGUAUUCAAAAUCAGCCAACACCCCGGCCAUUGUCUCCUAUUUAUCAACAACAACAGCAAAUGUUGAAUAAUCAAAAUCAACCGACACCUGGACCAUUGCCCCCAAAUUAUCAGCAGCAACAACAAAUGUUGAAUAAUCAAAAUCAACCGACACCUGGACCCUUAUCCCCAAAUUAUCAGCAGCAACAACAAAUGUUGAAUAAUCAAAAUCAACCGACACCUGGACCAUUAUCUCACAAUUAUCAACAGCAACAACAACAACAACAAUUGUUGAAUAAUCAAAACCAGCCAACACCCGGACCAUUAUCCCAUAAUUAUCAGCAGCAACAACAAAUGUUGAAUAAUCAAAAUCAACCGACACCUGGACCAUUAUCUCACAAUUAUCAACAGCAACAACAACAACAAUUGUUGAAUAAUCAAAACCAGCCAACACCCGGACCAUUAUCCCCAAAUUAUCAGCAGCGACAACAAAUGUUGAAUAAUCAAAAUCAACCGACACCUGGACCAUUAUCUCACAAUUAUCAACAACAGCAACAACAACAACAAUUGUUGAAUAAUCAAAACCAGCCAACACCCGGACCAUUAUCCCCAAAUUAUCAGCAGCAACAACAAAUGUUGAAUAAUCAAAAUCAACCGAUACCUGGACCCUUAUCCCCAAAUUAUCAGCAGCAACAACAAAUGUUGAAUAAUCAAAAUCAACCGACACCUGGACCAUUAUCUCACAAUUAUCAACAGCAACAACAACAACAAUUGUUGAAUAAUCAAAACCAACCAACCCCUGGACCAUUUUCUCAAAAUUACCAACAGCAACAACAAUUGUUGAAUAAUCAAAAUCAGCCAACCCCUGGACCAUUUUCUCAAAAUUACCAACAGCAACAACAAUUGUUGAAUAAUCAAAAUCAGCCAACCCCUGGACCAUUAUCUCAAAAUUACCAACAGAAACAACAAUUGUUGAACAAUCAAAACCAACCAACACCUCGGCCAUUAUCUCAAAAUUAUCAACAGCAACAACAAAUUUUGAGUAAUCAAAAUCAACCGACACCUGGACCAUUAUCUGCAAAUUACCAACAGCAACAACAAUUGUUUAAUAAUAAAAAUCAGCCAACCCCUGGACCGUUAUCUCAAAAUUACCAACAACAACAACAAAUGUUGAAUAAUCAAAAUCAGCCAACCCCUGGACCAUUUUCUCAAAAUUACCAACAGCAACAACAAUUGUUGAAUAAUCAAAAUCAGCCAACCCCUGGACCAUUUUCUCAAAAUUACCAACAGCAACAACAAUUGUUGAAUAAUCAAAAUCAGCCAACCCCUGGACCAUUAUCUCAAAAUUACCAACAGAAACAACAAUUGUUGAAUAAUCAAAAUCAGCCAACCCCUGGACCAUUAUCUCAAAAUUACCAACAGAAACAACAAUUGUUGAACAAUCAAAACCAACCAACACCUCGGCCAUUAUCUCAAAAUUAUCAACAGCAACAACAAAUUUUGAGUAAUCAAAAAAUCAACCGACACCUGGACCAUUAUCUGCAAAUUACCAACAGCAACAACAAUUGUUUAAUAAUCAAAACCAGCCAAUACCCGGACCAUUAUCUCCAAAUUAUCAACAACAACAACAACAAAUGUUAA